AGGGUUAAAACAUUUUCACAAAGCAAAAUGGAAGUUAAUUUAACUGAUGCAAAAUACAAAUAAAAAAAAGUUUUGCAAACAAAAAAAAAAGUCAGCUUUUUUAUUAAACCAACAAGCUUUUCUUGAAUGUAAUAUAUUUUAAUCUAUUUUAUAAUGAUUAUGAUAAUUUAUUGUCUUUGUUACAAUUAAUUUCUAUAACCCGUUUUUUUUUCUCUUAUCCGUUUAUUUUCAGAAUUUUUUUUAAUUCUAAUAUUCUCCUUCUGCAACACCUGGCAGACUCAUUUAGAAGCAAAUCACACUUUGUGUCCUGCACUCUCUUGGCGUUAGACAAAACAAACUGGAGGCUGGAUUGCAGCUAGAUUGGAUGAAGUUGGAGCUCCUCCCUCUUCACAUUUUUGUACAAAUAAAAUCUUUGUUGCACCAGGGUUGGACCUGUUACAUUGGCAGCACUGCACAUUCACAGGAACUUCCUUUAAACAAGAGAUUGGGAGUCCAGAAUGCAAUUUUUGUUCCAACCAAACGCACCAGCUCUCUGGGCCACACAAAUCUGCCUGGCAUGUUUGUUCAUCACGAUCCUUUCCUCUGGAUCUGUUGCCCCUCUCCAUGCCCCUCCAGUAACAACAGGUCUUCGCUCUGCUUUCUCUGCAUCACGAACCAGCAGCGUGGUCGGGGGCAAGCAGAAGGCAGUGACUUUCAACAAGCUCAUGGUUAACAUCGGAGGGGAUUUCAAUCCAGACAGCGGCCACUUCCGCUGCCGCAUCCCCGGGGCUUACUACUUCUCUUUCUCUGUGGGCAAGUUUCCAAAAAAGCUGCUCUCUGUUUUACUGGUGAAGAACGGGGAGGAGGUUCAGGCCAUCGCCUAUGACGAUUACCGCAAGAAAGGAAGGAAAGUCCAGAGCCAGAGUGUCAUGAUCACUUUGAAAGAAAUGGACACGGUGUGGCUGCUUUUGCAGCAGAGUCCCCAGUAUGCUCUGUACAGUAAUGCUGGCCCUUACAUCACUUUCUCCGGUUACCUCGUCUAUCCUGACGUCCAGCCGACCAGCCAGAUCAGCAACUACCUCUCUCCUCCGGCUCUGUCCUACCCCAACUGCCCUUCUCAGGCUGAAACCGCCGAGCAGCCACGCUCGGCCUUCUCAGUGGCACGGACGUCAGCGCUCAUGGGUCACAACGGCAUGCGCGAAGACAAAUCACCUUUGACCUUUGACGUGGAGUAUGUCAACAUCGGGGGACAUUUCAAUAAGACCUCCGGCGUGUUUACGUGCCACUUCCCCGGCGCAUAUUUUUUUGCUUUCACGGUGGGGAAGCAUCCUCGCAAGGCCGUUUCAGUGAAGCUGAUGACGGGGAACGGAGACGUGCAGGCCAUGGUGUUCGACGAGGACACAUCCAAGAGGAGGGAGAUGCAGAGUCAGAGCUUACUGUUGUUGCUGCGCAGCGGAGAAAAGGUGUGGCUGUACAGCCAGCAAGAUGAGCGCUACGCCGUCUACAGCAACCAGGGGAGGUACACCACCUUUUCUGGUUUCCUGGUGUAUCCUGGAGCAGAGACACUCUCCAACAAUUAUCUAUAAAUGCCGUAAAGAUUAUUUUUCUUAUUUAGACGAUAGAGUACUACAAGAGCAGCACACAGUUUAGAAUUAAUGCUCAUUAUAGCUUAAUACUUUGUUGGCUUUGUUAAAAAACGAGAUUUCAGGGUGUCCACAAGAUGGUGCUAAGACACAAUGAUGGACUCUAACCAGCACUUACUGUGUUUCAUGACAUCAAACCACAGUAAGCUGCAAAAUACUCCAAAAAGACGUGUCAUCUUUGUAAUUUUCAUGCAAGUUUGGUCUUUUUUUUCCACAUUUUUUUAACAGUUAAAGUUUUACAGUGUUGCUUGAUCACUCCACAAGAUGGUGCUAAGACACAAUGAUGGACUCUAACCACCUCUUAAUGUGUUCCAUGUCAUCAAACCACAGUAUACUCCAAAAAGACAUGUCAUCUUUGUAAUCUACAUACAAGUUUAGUCAAUUUUUUGAACUUUUUUUAAAUAAAAGUUUUACAGUGUUGCUUUUUUAAAAUGUUAAAAGGAUCUUUGAGUGAGUAACCAUGUAAAUGAUGUAAAGAUUAUACAAAAGUAAAGUUUAGCCAUAGAUGAGUGAUCAUGUUAGACGUUUUUGUACCGUGGCCUCAUCUCUAAAAGUUUUUUGCACCAUUUGUCAGAAAUUUCUAAUAAAUAUGUUAACAUUAGUUCUAACACAAA